GCGAUGUUGCGGUCGGUGCCGACGAAACCGGCGUCAGAUCGGACGAAGCAGAUAAGCUGCUGGCGGUGUAAUUCGCUGCGGGUAAUGCCACGUCAUGCUCGUCCGCGGAAUUUGGUCCGUCGUGCGAAUCCAACUCGAGUGAACAUCGCCAUUGUCCGUCCACGUUCGCUGAUAAUAUGUCCAGCGUCGGGGUUGGCUGGCGUUUGCUGUUGGGAACAGUUCUGUAGCGUAAGGUCUUUGUUGUGAAUACGAGCACCGAUUUCUCCCAGCAGCAGCGACGAUGUGAAAAGCUUCGGUGCGAGAGGAAUCUUGAUUUUGCCGAUGGACGCGGCCGAAGUGGCAACAAGUAUAGGUGCAUUCGCAAGACGCCACGUGGCCCGCAGCCAAAACUCAUUUCUUUGCAUCUCUUGGGAAUGCGUGGCAGCUGCCGUGUCAUCCGAAUUUGAAGCCCCCAAAAUGUGUACUCGAAAACAUGACGAACGUCGCAGGCGAUGGGAAAAUACAGACAAAGGUUCACGUCCGCUUGGUACUCGAAACUUAUACGGCAUCGCCCUUUUCCUAUGGCCGAAAGAGCUCUGUCCGGCGAGCACGUACGGACGCGGUGUCUGCCUGCCUUGUCCUCCGAACACGUACAACCUCAAGGCCGGCUCCGCGUACUGCCAGCCGUGCCCGCCCGGAGCGUACGUCGGCACGCAAUGCCAUCCUGCAGACAGCGCUCUACAGUUGAGUCUGGUCGCCCUCGUGAUGAAGUACGGCUUCAUAACUUCCAGCUCGUUGUCGCUGAUUCUAGGAUUCAUUCUCUUCUGGCUGAAAACAAGAAGAAACGCCCGUUUAAAGGCUGUGCCGACUUCCUUGCUGACGUCGUCGCUCUCCGACGAGUUUCUCUCCUCGCGGGUUCUAAGCUGUGGUUCCUUCGAGCUGCCUCCAAAAACCUCGUCGCCUGAGAGUGACUGCGACGUCACUUGCGUCGGGGCCGGCGACGCCCGGCGGCCAUCUCGCAGAGCGACGACGAGAACUACGAAAAAGACUUCGUCGUCUUCGACCAGGACAGCACGUGCGCGCGUCGGGGUGGACGAUUCUCGAGAAGGCGACGAUGACGAAGAAGGCGCUUCCAGCGACGACAGCAGCGCGGUGGGUGACGGCGCCGGCGGAGACGCCUCGCCCAACAAGCGCCAGCAGAUUUUGAAGCGUCUCAAGGAGCACGGAGCGGUGCUGCCCGUAAAGGGCGUCGACAUAAUUGAGAUCUCGGAAAAGGCGAAACAAUUUCGCGCAAGACCAAUGCUCAAGUGAUUCGUCUUAAUGAUCAACUAAAAGGAAUUUCACCAUG